AAAAUGUUACGACGAGCAAAGGCCUUAAAAUUCAUUAUAAACACCGAUAAUGAUUUAAUUAAAAAAUAUAAAUCGGAAGAAUUACAAGGUCUAAUAUGCUCUCGUGAUAUACACUCUCCAGAAAUAUCCGAUACUGAAGAUGAAGACAGAAAUAAAAAGAAAAUUAUAAACUGUUAUAAUUUGCCCUGGAGGUCGGAGGAGCUAAAAGGGCUUCUAAGAAAAGUGCUAGAUACAGUAGCACAUCGCACAGCACCAUUACACUGGGAAAAACGGUAUAAUGAUAAAACCUAUUAUAUUGAAAAUCCAAUAUUUCCAAUAGAUGCUUCUGAUUGGGCAGUUAAAUCUGAAUUUAGGAUGAAGCACAAAUGGCAAAACUCAGAAGUAGUAAAUAUUAUAAAACGACAAAAAGUUGAUAAAAAAACCAAGGAUAAUCAUGAAAGCUUAAAUAUAGACGAGAAUAUUUAA